AUGCCGCCAACUCUCCAUCUUCGGCUACCGCCACCGCCCCUGAAGUGCCUCUUCAACUUGCGUAGCCAACGCCAUGCCGUGCGGCACUCCUCGACUGCUGCGUCCACGCCCCCACCGUCGCGACGGCGGCCGAAAACUGCCAUGUUCUUUCCAGGCCAGGGCACGCAGAAAGUCGGGAUGCUGACGCCACUGCUGUCGGCGUUUCCGCGCACGGUAAAGCCGCUGUUCGAGCUCCUGGACGACACGCUGCCGCCGGCGGACGGGCAAGCGCCGCUAUCGCGGAUCAUUGCCGAGGGGCCCAACGAGGUCAUCACCGCGACGGAAAACGCGCAGCCCGCGAUCCUGUUCACGUCGAUCGUGAUCCUGCGGAUCCUUGAGCAGGAGUUCAACCUCUCGCCGCGCGCGCAGACAGACUUCUUUCUCGGACACUCGCUGGGUGAGUUCACGUCGCUGGUGGCUGCGGGCGUGUUGAAGCUCGAGGAGGUGCUGCGGCUUGUAAGGCGGCGCGGAGAGGUCAUGCGGGACUGCGCGAUCCGCGCGUCGAUACCGGAGAUGGAGGGCGGGCCAGGCGAAACGGGAAUGGUCGCGCUGCUGGUCGAGCAGAAGUACCUUCCCGGGUUAAUUGCGAGCGUUGAUAGCUUCAUGCACUCGGAGACGCUGCCGAAUGAUGAGUUCCUGAGCAUUGCGAAUAUCAACUCGUCCACGCAGAUCGUCCUCAGCGGCCACUUGAAGGCGAUCAAUAUGUGCAUCUGCCACAUUCGGAAGUUUUCUGGACAUGACCCGCGCGCGCUGCGUCUUAAUGUCUCGGCCCCGUUCCAUUCGAUGGUUAUGGCGCCUGCUGUCCCGGUCGUCGCGAGGAUGCUGCAGGAGAUGGAGGUCGUCUUCCCCCCGCCGGAUGGGGCGGAGGUGAUCGCUAAUGUUACUGCAAAACCUUACGAGUCCGCCGAGCAGUUGAGGCAGCAGCUGGCGAUGCAGUGCACAGCGACCGUCAAGUGGGCGGAGAGCAUCAAGUAUCUCGAUCUCGAGCGGGACGUGGCGCGGUGGAUCGGGAUUGGGCCGGGUAAGGUGGGGCGGAACUUGGUGGGUCGCGAGGUUCGGGGCGGCAUGAAAAGAGUCGUUGGCGUCGAAGGUAAUGACGCCAAGAACCUUGAGGAUGCCGUGAAGGCGCUUGAGAGGAUGGAUGUCGAUUAG